AGUAGAAGCCAUUUGAGAGAUUUACAAGAUCAAAUACAUUUGUUAUCUACUGUAUCUAGAAAUGGCUUCUACUCAAUUCGCCAUCCUGGCCGUUUUCACUCUUCUGCUUCCAUCGAUCGCACUGGCGACGCAGCACAUUGUUGGGGAUGAACAAGGCUGGACGACCAAUUUCGACUACCAGGCCUGGGCUGCAAGCAAAGUCUUCCGGGUGGGCGACUCCCUUUUGUUCAAGUACAUGGUUCCGAACCAUAACGUCAUCAGAGCGAACCAGACCGAGUUCCAGCAGUGCAUCAAAUCGGAAGCAAACCAGGCACUGACCUCCGGAAAUGACAUCAUCGAUCUCAAGAGCCCGGGGAAGAAAUGGUACAUCUGCGGAGUUAAAGAGCACAGCAGCAACUUCAAGAUGAAGCUCGCCAUCAAUGUGAUCGAUGCCUGGGCUCCAGCUCCAGCUCCGACCGCUCCCGCCAUCCAUGCUCCAAUCUAUUCGGGUUGAGCCAGUAUUCUACACUCAUCCUAACAAUCUGGCUGGGAUGGUGGUCACGGUUGUUGUGCCCCAUCACUCUUUUAGUUUCUUUAUCUUCGUAGAGAGGGUCAUAAUGGAAGAAUGUUGUGAUCUCGGGUGCGCCAUGCUAUCCUCAGCUGGCCCUGCUCACCCUCUCUUCAAUUUCCAUCAUCAUUUUUUGUUUUAAA